AUGGCUCCCGCCGCACGCGUCUCAGAGCUUCAAGUGGAACGCGAGACGGAGAGACAAGGCUAUGAGGGGCUGCAGAAGAAGCUGAAGGAGGUGUUCAGUGAACGGAGCAGCAUUCAGCAGCUCUCCAAGACAUCAAAGGAGCUCGACAGCAUAAAAGGCAACCUGCAGGAAACUCUUUUUCACAAUGACCAUGUCUUUGAGUUGCUCUUUUUGGCAGCAGGCCAGGUGGCGACAGUGGUCCUGAAAGGCGAGGACCCGGUGGCCAAGCAGGCGAUCCAGCGUGUUCUGGAGCUCAGCAGCAAGCAGCGGAAGGAGAUGAAGAGCCUCCAGGCCGCGCUGCAGAAGCAGCUGGAGGAGGCGCGGGAGCGGGAGGAGAAGCAGCAGGCCACGAUCAAGUACCUCAAGACCGAGAUGGAGAAAAAGACCAAAGUCAUUAAAGAUCUCCAGCAAGAGAACAAGAGCCUGAAAAACAAGCUUCUGUCAGGCAACAAGCUGUGUGACGUCCAUACGGAGGAGUCCAAAAAAAUCCAGGCCCAACUGAAGGAACUCCGGUACGGGAAAAAGGAUUUAAUUUUUAAGGGGCAGCAGCUCAUGGAUCUGGAGCACAGGUUAACAAUAGCCAAGGAGCAGCUGGAGAAGACUGCGCUGGACAAGGAGUCUCAGCUCAAGGCCCUGAAGGACACGGUCCACAUCUGCUUCUCGGCCGUCCUGCAGAACCAGCACAACGGCGGCAGCCAUCGUUUCCCUGCCAGCUCGGCCCAGCUGUUCAGAUACUCUCCGCUCAUCAACAGCUCCAGAGUCACCUACCAGCAGCCCCACGCCAAGGAUAUCUCCAAAGUGCGGAGGCUGGUGAAGCCCAGCCAGGCGCCCGGGGACACGGGCGUAACGAGGAGAGAGAACGGCAGCCUCCCGGCCUGCCAGAUGGAGAAGACGGGCCGCGACUGUUUCCCAAAUCAAACCAAGGACGCGUUCCUGGAGAGCAGGACGCUGCCUGAGAGUCAUCAGCAGAGGAGCCCGACGCAGAUUGGACACAUAACCACGGCUCUCCCAGACGACAGGAAGGAGGUAGAUGAUGACGGCACCAAAAAAGACAAAGCAACAUGAAUCCCCCCAACCACAACCACAGACCACUGAGUGGACAGCUUGUCCAUGGAAAUCCGAACCCUAGCAUUAUCUGGAAGAUGUUUAAAGAGCACACGCUAAAGCACGCACACACAUGAGUGCACACAAACCUGCAUAUACAUACCUUGUUUGCGACCGCAGGAACACUAAAACUGUCCAUGAUUUGAUCAAGCCCUUUGUUUUGACCACCUGUUUGGAAACCCCAUAGUAAACGGCAUGCAUUCUAGAGUUCUUUUGAGGUAGUAAUGGCACUGGUAACGUUCAUGAUUGUUCAUCUGUUGUUUACUAAAUAGAUUUUAGUUGUGUUUUGUUUUGAGCGAGGACACUGCUUUCUUAAUGUGUGAACUUUCUAGUAAAAUCCCUUUGCACUGGUGAGGUCUGACACUGUAUAUUGUGGUAAGAACACAAUUUUACAAAAAAAUACAAAAAAUACAAAAAAAGUAUUAAUACUUAACUUUGACUAUCAUUUGUCAUUCAUUGUAGCAAGGUUAAUUUACUCCACAUUUUUGAAAUAUAUAGCCUCAAGUUGGCUGGCCAACUGUUGAACAUUUAAUAUUUCAGAGCUCUCUAUGCCUUUAACACACGGGGGCUAGGGGCCGAGACUCACACUGAGUCGUUUCCAUGAGAACGUGCCAUGCACUGAGUAGUUAUUCCUAGCUACAUUUAUCUGUGUUAUCUGACCUUUCU